CCUGGCAAGCCUGAAAAUAACUUCUUCGAUCAGCUGAGAUCAGCUGAGAGGCGCGAUAACAGCGCGCCGUGGUCUGAGUAAACUAUAUUCACGCAGAACUGUCAUUGCACGAGAGUGAGCAGGCCAUGUGUCUGAUGUAUUGUCUUGUUGAUGUAAACAUGAAUAAAUUUUCAAUACUUCUUACAUUUACAUUAUUUUUCUGAUAGUAUAAAUAACGUGAAUUACUCAAAUGGAGGUGGACCUUUUAAAUGCCGGCUCAGUGCCAAUUUCCCCGGAUACUGUACUGAGUUUUGAGUUUUUAUUGGACAAGGAACUUCUUCUCAAACAUUUGCAAAAGCCAAAUCCAGAUCCAACUCCUUUGGAUUUAAUCACCAAAUUUCAUGAUGUCAUUACAACAACCUUACGGAACCGAAUGGAACCUGAAACCAUCGAGUCUACCACCGUGAAUGGUAGUAAUGAAGUAAAAAUUAAUCAUCCUGCCAAAAAUAUUGCCAUGAAAAUACUAUCACUAAAAGUUGCAGCGUUUUUGAACUGGAACCUCGCUCAAAUCCGAGCGUUGCCUUUUAAAACCCAGAUUGAUCUCCUGCAAGAUCUAAUGUAUUUCACGAAUGAAGAAAGGACAGUGUUUGAAAUAACCAAUCUGGAACAAGUAGACCUUAAGGCAACUUCACCAGAGUUUCUAUUUGCUCUUGUGCUAUUUCAUAGAUGGGCACUAAAUACGUCCAUGCAUCGAGUGACUUCAAACUGGCAGCAAAGAUAUGGAAUAAAUGAAAUGUCCCUUAGGGAUGAAAACAUCAUUUGUUGCCCGGAAAACAUUCAGAAAACCAUUAGUUUCCUGCACGAAUCUUUGCAAUGGGAGCAAAUGCCAAAGCUGUUGUCUUUUGACUGCUUCCAAAUGCCUACAGAGACAAACGAUAGUAUUGAAUUUAAUUGGAGCAAAGCAACUCUUAUUUCCAGAGACGAGUUUUGCACCCAAAUUUGCUACGAUUUGGGCACGUCUUUCUUUUAUCAAGAGGACUAUAAAGCAGCGAAGGAGCUGUUUCACAAAUGUCAGGAGUAUUUGAAUUUGGUAACGCAACAAAAUGUGUUUGCUUCUUUUGAUAAAAACAGUUUACAAGUUUACAUCAAAGCCUGCGAUCCUAGUGUAGAUGUACAUAAGAAAUCUUUGCUGGAGCAACUAAAUAACUCUAUAGUGAAUCAGUUUGUGGGCAUUACCCAUGUUUUGCAGCAGGACAAUUUACAAAAGGAAAUUCCAUUAACGCAUCGAAUCAACUUGGAAUUGGACAUACAGGGUGCUUUGUCAAGUGGUGUUUUUACAGUAGCUCGAGAUUUGCUUUAUAAAGUUAAAGCCUUAAACUAUGUCCGAUGCAUUUUGGAAAAAAAGUUCUUGAAUGAAUUUUCCUUAGCUGUCGCCAAGAAUAUUGACGCGUUUAUUUGGGGAAUUCAAGUCAAUUGGAAAUUGCAAUCAAAUGAAGACAAAAAGAUUAUAAAAGACUAUCUGUUUCAUUUGAUAAUCAAGCAAACAGUGCCUGAUUUAAUGGAGCGGAUAAAAAGCAAUGCCACGCUUGGAAACAUAUUUGAAAUGUCCGAGCUACAGUAUGUAAUUAAAACUGAAGAAAGUUCCAAUAUUCCCGAGAACCUGUUCGCAUCGGAUACAGGUCUUUUUGAAACAUCAAAGAAAAGGAAGCCUAAAAUGGAACUAAGACUGCUAGUAAGGCAACUGAUUAGCUCUUACAACUGGAAGGAAAUAAAGGAUAUACUCUUGAAAAUCGGAAUGAUGAAUAUGGGCACCAGCGUGUGGGAAAUGAAUCCACACUGGGAAGUACCUAUUCCUAUUCACAGUGUUCUGAAAAGUCUUCCUAGGGGAUUCUUAGGUGAACUUUCCUACGUUUUGCUGGCGAAAUCAAAAGAGCAGCUUCUAACAAAAAACUGGAAUUUGGCAUUAGAAUUGCUCAUUGUUCUGGACAAAGAGCUCAAAAAUGCGAAUUUUAAUGUAGCGAAAUUUUGUAAAAUGGUAAAUUGGGAAAUCCUGUUAAUACAAAUACUGCAACUAUUGGAAGAGUGGCCGAAAAGCACAGUGGAUAAAGCGGCUUUGGCAAAUGCCUGUGAAGUUUGCUUGCAAAGUAACGAAUCUGUUAUACCCCGCACAGAAAUCGUAGAAACUUGUGCCAUAUGCCUAUUGAAUUUGGGGCGAUGGGAGUUUCUGAUUGCCUACGAAAAACGAUGGACGAGUUUUGAAAUUAUGUCUGCUGUUGCCUUGGCGUGCCAUGAAAUGGUGAAAAACAAAUGCAACAAGAAGUUCUCGAAAGACUUGUGGGAUAUUGUAUUGCCUGUGUUUGCUCCCAAUCCAUCGCAAUCGAAGCGAAGUUCAGCCAGCUGCCACGACAUCAAUAACCUUAGGAAUAAAUUACUUUCCAUAUUUCUUCGUUUGAAAGACUCGACGUGUUUAACUGUUAUUAUCUCCAUGCUCACCAAACUGUAUAACAUCUUCAAAGAUGAAGCCAAUUUCGAACUGCAGGUGGACUGUAUGAAUUUAUGGCCAGCGGCGAUCAGCAACGCAAAUUCAUAUAACAUAAAUACCACCUCAGAAAUGCUGUCCCAGGUGCUGUUGCAAGGCAUCAGAGAAUACCCCACUAACAUUCCCUGGUUGCGUGUUAUGGGGGAUAUCAAUUAUGCAAACGGAAAUUACAAAAUUUCCCUGUCCUUUUACCUGAAGUCUUUGAUUAUUUGUAACGACUAUUUUAAUAUUCCCGUACGCUAUGAUGAUCAUGUAUUCAGACGAAUGAUAAAAUGCUGUUUGGCUCUUGGUUGCUAUACUCAAGCGGCGGUUUUGUGCCAAUUUUUAGAGGAGCCUGAUUACGCCCUGGCAUUUAGAAUACUGAGUGAACAGAAAACAUGCAAUGAUGCGGUAGACGCCUACUACCACUGCUUUUGGGAUACAAAUAUUUUGGAAUAUCUAAUUCACAUUCACAACAGGAGAGGAGAAUAUCAGCGACGAAAAUGCGCCAUUCAAAUAAUGGGGAUGUUAGAGCUGAAUUCCAGUAAUAAUCAAGAAAUUCAACGGGAGGCUAGCAAUUUGAGGAAAAGCAUUUUCCUGAGAGCCUUGUGUAAACAAUACGUAUUUUAAAUGUGUAAUUUGUUACAGUCGCUUUCAGAAUAUAUGUAUAUUGCCAAGCA